AUGGCAGCUAAAAUACUUAUGGAUAUGCCUGACGACUUAAAAAUGCCUGCUAUUGGUCUAGGUACAGGAUCACUCAGUCAGGAGGCUGAAUUGGAGAAAACCUUAGACUCUGCCCUGAGUUUAGGCUACCGUCACAUUGACACAGCUUUCGCUUAUGACAAUGAAGUUUUCAUAGGAAGUGUGCUGCAAAAAUGGUUUUCUUCCGGAAAACUUAAGAGGGAAGACAUAUUUGUCACUACCAAGCUCCCUAUGUAUGGAGUACAAGAAGACAGGGUCGAAAUGUUUAUGAAAAAAUCUUUGGAGAAUCUUCAGCUAGACUACGUUGAUUUGUACUUGGUUCACUUUCCCAUUGGGACAAAAUAUAUUGAGAAUGGAACCGAUGAUGAUAAUUAUAAGGAUAUAGAUGUGUUUGACCAUUUGGAGAUAUGGAAAAAAAUGGAGGAACAGGUGGAUGCAGGAAGGACAAAAGCUAUUGGACUAUCUAACUUUAAUCAAAGACAAAUUGAAAAGAUCAUAGAGUUUGCCCGUAUAAAACCAGCUUGUUUGCAAGUCGAAUUACACGUUGACUUUCAACAACGAGGCCUUGUAGAAUUUUGUCAUAAAAAUGAUAUUGUUGUAGUUGCAUAUUCUCCGUUGGGAUCCCCAGGACCUAGUGAAAUGGAACCAAGAAGGCUUCCUCCUGUGAUUCACACGGAAGAUAUUAAAAAAAUUGCGGAAAAAUACAACAAGACUCCUGGUCAAAUAAUGUUGAGGUAUCUCCUACAGAAGAAUAUAGCAGCUGUUCCUAAGAGUUCGAAUAUCGAGCGGCUGGAGGAAAAUAUUGACGUUUUUGAUUUUGAGAUUAGCUCUGAUGAUAUGAGGUCUCUAGAUGACCUGGAAGCAGGGAAUGAAGCAAGGCUUGCUAAUUUCAAAUUCAUUCCAGGAAUCGAACAACAUCCUGAAUAUCCAUUUGAAGAAUAGGACUCAUUUUGCUUUACUGUAUGCAGUCAUAAGGCAAAAAUAUUCGAUUUAAUUAUAACUACAUUAUUAUAUUAUCUUUCUUCUAUAAAGAAAAACAAUUGAGGAUCUAGAGAUGUAGAGAGCAACUUGGUUCUUUCUUUUUUUGAGACACCUCUAUUUUCACAUGUUC